AUGCCCUCUAAAAACGCCGGCGCAGUUCGGGAUGUCGAAGCGCAAUUAUCGACAGAAUCACAGGGGGGAAACACCUUGUCAUCUAGUGAGGGUGCUCGAAAUACCGACGUUUCAUCGACACGAUCUCCUGCCUCACUAAAAAGGCGACUCAAGCGCUCGAAUACAGCGCAUUCCUACUAUCCAGAUGCUCCUCCAGGCUGCACCAGCUGGCGAGCAGGAGAGGAGCCUGGUCUCGAUCCUUCUGAGCCGACUUUUCCCCCAUACCGCACUUCGGGAGAGACCCUGCUGCCGGAAUCGGGCAACAAGAAAUGCGAUAUUACUGUCGUUGACUAUUCUCUCGAUAAAAUUCGUGUCCAUUGGUUAAAUAAUGAGACGCUGGCUAAUUUCCUUGAAACCGAAAAAGAGCCAUGGGUCGUUUGUCGCUGGAUCAACGUCAAUGGACUGAGCUGGGACGUCGUUAGAUUGCUGGCAACGCAUAAGCGACUUCACAAGCUUGCGAUCGAGGAUUUGGUACACUCAAUUGAUCGGACGAAAGCGGACUGGUACACAGAUCAUACAUUUGUCCUGCUGGAAAUGCAAAAGUUGAUACAACUGAGGGACGGGGACGAGGAAUCGGAAACCGAGAGUGACGGAGAAGAAGAGGAGGAGGCUCGCCAGCAGGCUUCGCGCAAGAGGAAACGCAAUCGCGGUGGAAGAAGAAGCGUGUUAAAAGAUGCUUUAAUCGACUGGCUGACCCCAGCUUUCGAGAAACGGCGACUCAAGCAGAGCACAAGCAACACCGGAAUGCAGCCCCGUUCCGUUCGUACCCUUCAACGGUUCAGGGAUGGUCCGAACGAAGAAAGAGUCCAGUUCAUGGAACGACACGCCGUCCUUGCAUCAAGAGGGCUCGGUGUGGCCCUCGAACAGGUUUCUAUUAUCCUGCAUGCGGACAAUACAGUAACCUCCUUUUUCGAGGCCAGCGGUGACGAUAUAGAAGGCCCGAUAGUUCAACGUUUACAGUCACCAGGAACGAUUCUUCGCGAGUCCUGCGACGCGAGCAUGGUCCUACAGGCCAUCAUUGACGCCAUUGCUGAUCUUGCCAUUCCCGUUACAAGAGCCUACCAGGACGUAAUGGGAGAAAUAGAGCUUGACGUCCUUACCGACCCAGACAUACAUCUAUCUACGGCUCUAUACAUUCUAUCUUCUGAAAUAUCUGUGCUUCGGAAUGCCAUCCAACCUAUUACCAAUGUAAUCAAUUCCUUACGAGACCAUAGUUCUGAUUUAGAUGUCCAGAAUGUCUCCUCUAGUGCGUCUCCCCAAAAGCAAACCAGUUGGAAUUCCAUACAUCCAGAUGUAGAGGGCGUUAGAAUGGCCUCAAAAGUGACUAUCAGCCCACUGUGUCAAACGUACUUAGGGGAUGUCUUAGAUUCUUGCAUCACAGUCACCAGUCGAUAUGAUCAAAUGCGACGUCUAGCAGCAAACAUGGUUGAACUGGUUUUUAAUACCAUUGGUGCAUAUCAAAAUGAGAGCAUGACACAAUUGACUUUGGUGACUUGCAUGUUCCUCCCCCUUACAUUUCUUACAGGUUAUUUUGGAAUGAAUUUUUCUCCAUUUCCAGCUGUUCAAAACAACAGUGACAAAUUUUUCUGGGGUAUUGCCGUCCCAUUCGUGUUUAUUACCCUUUUAUUUUUGAUGCGUGAGAUGAUAAGGCGAUGGUUGCUGAAAAUAGCGCAGAAGAGAUUAAUUCUAAGCUCAAGACGGCGGCGCAAGGAUCGAUAG